AUGGAAACAAACGAUGAACUUGCUCAAUUGGAACAACUUUUAUGUGCAGACUUUACUGAAGAUAAUCCUACAAAAGGAAAAGAACGUAGUGUUCAGGAUGUGGACAUAUUCAACACACCACAUACGGACGAUCAUUUGCCUCCAGGUACGUCUAACUCGUCUUCAGCAGUUCAUAAUGGAGAUACAGAUUCCUCUGAUGAUGAAGAGAGAAAAAAUUAUACAGAACGCAAAUACAACAAUUACGGGUCGUUAGUCAAAAAAUCUUUAGAUCAAAAAGAUCACGAGCUAGUUGAUAAACGAUUAGAAUUUGAAAGCAGAUUACGAGAUACUAAUAGAGAUCUAAAAAUUUCCAAAACAACAGCUAAAAAGUCUAUUCAAAAUAUUGCACAUGCUGAAAAACAUAUGUUUAGUGCACCAGAAACUAAAAAUAAAAAACCUGCCGACAUAUUGACUGAUCCUGUGUUUGGAAUUCGAAUAACAAAGCCAAUAAUAUCAAGUACAGCUCUUUUAGACCGCAUGCAAGGCCGGGAAGCAGUUAAUGUUUUGCGUGUAAAAAGGUAUGUCGAAAAUGAAGAUCUCUCUAAAGACUGGGUUAUAGCCGGAGUCAUAAUUAAGAAAAGUUCAACGAAAAAAUCUCAAAAAGGUAAUCAAUUUAUUAUUUGGACUCUAAGUGACUUGAAAGAUGAUAUAAAAACAGUGUCAAUCUUUCUUUUUCGUAAAGCAUACAACGACUUGUGGAAAACAACGGAAGGUACAGUUGUUGCAAUUUUAAACCCUAAUGUUCUUGAUAGAUCUGAGAACAGUAAAGAUCAAGCAUGUCUCAGUGUUGAUAACACUGAUCGUGUUAUGAUACUUGGCCAAUCGAAAGAUUUUGGAAUUUGUAAAAGUAAAAAGAAAAAUGGUGAACCAUGUUCAGCUAUUGUCAAUAUGAGUCAAGGUGAACACUGUAUUUACCACAUCAAACAGGAGUAUCAAAAAUAUUCCAGACGUCAAGAGCUCCAAUCCUCAACCAUGGGUAAGGGUCUUGUUAAUUUACAAAAUAAAGUUUUUGGUAAAAACACAUUUAUGUAUGGUGGUAAAGCAUACUCAGCUUUACCAUCUGGUAAUAAUAAAGUUGUUAAAGAGAGAGAUCAAAAUAGAUUAAUGUCAUUAAGUGACUAUUACAAGUCUGAAGGUAAUAAACUUAUGACCAAUAAAUCACCAUGCCAAGCUAACAUUUUACAAAAUAAAAGUGGAUUAUUGCAUAGUCCUAAACCUCAAAAAAUAAGUGACACACAGAGAUUAAAUGCAUUGAGCCAAAAUACAUUGUGUGAGUCAAGUUUAGCUGAAAAAGUAGCCAAUUCCCCAACAUUGGGCAAAGGGUUUAGUUUAAAUGGAGGAGGCACAAUUGAUCUUAACAUGUCCUACAGCAUAAAGCGUGCAGAAAAAGCUAAGCUGCAUGCAGUUAGAUUGAUCCAGCAAAACGGGGGUUUAGAAAAAAUCAACCCUAAUAACAUAAAAGGUACUGAAAUAGGAAAGAAAAGAGCUAUUGAAAAACUACUGACAGAGACUGAUUUUGAUGAAAAUUUUAGUAAAAAGACUAAAUGUAAUGAUGGUGGUGUCAAACCAAAGAUAAAUAUUAUCUCAGGAAAUGAAAAUGCCUAUUCUAAUAAAAAACCUAUGUCUGAACGGUUCAAGAAAAUUCUUGAAGCCACAUCAGCUCACGUUAACUUAAUCAAACAACAUGAAGAUGAAGAACAAGAUAAAUACUUUAAUAAGUUAGAGAAGAAAGAAGCAAUGGAGGAAAAAAUGUUGAACACAUUUAAAAUUGCUUGCAAGGCGGUGAGGUGUGUUAAAUGUAAAUAUACAGCAUUUUCAGCAGCAGAACUUUGCAAAACCGAGAGGCACCCAAUAAAAGUUAUUGAUACAUAUAAACGAUUCUUCAAAUGUGCAGACUGUAAUAAUAGAACAAUAGCAUUUGAAGUAUUGCCUUUGCAUUCAUGUGGUAAUUGUAGAGGCUCGAGAUGGGUUAAAGCUCCAAUGAUGAGAGAGAAGAAGGGAGUUAUAGGAGAAACAUUGUCCAUAAGGGGAGAAGAAGAAGGGUUUAUUGGAGCAGUGGUAACUGCAGGGAAGAAUGUGAACCUACUUGUUCCUGAUAGUUGA